AUGUCAUUUUAUGCAAGAAGAGGUGGAGAUAGGGGUAGUGAGCGUUUUCAAGGAGGAGGAGGGCGAGGUGGAUAUGCCAUGCGUGGGAGAUCAGGGCUUCCUCCUCGAGGACCACUUGGGAUUAACGCUCGACCAUCUGCACGCAUUAUUGCUAAGUCUUUUAGCAGAACCAAAGACAUGACCUGGAGACCAGAUCUAUUUAGUGAUAGUAUGGCGGCUAGUGGAAUUGAAACUGGUACAAAAUUGUACAUUUCAAACUUGGACUAUCGUGUUUCCAAUGAGGAUAUAAAGGAGCUGUUUUCAGAAGUUGGUCAUUUGAAACGCUUUGCUGUUCACUUUGAUGGUUAUGGUCGCCAAAAUGGCACAGCAGAAGUGGUGUUUACAAGGAGGAGUGAUGCAAUUGCUGCAUUGAAACGUUAUAAUAAUGUUCUGCUUGAUGGAAAAUCUAUGAAGAUUGAGGUUAUUGGAAGUGACCUGGGUUUGUCUAUGACACCUCGUAUAAAUGUUGCCGGGGCAUCCAAUGGUAGAGCUACAAGAACGGUUGUUAUGACGCCUGAAACGGGUCGGCGUGGUGGUGGUUCCAGCACUAGGCCUUUGAGUAAUCCCACCACCAGAUUGAAUCGUGGUGCUUUCCAAGCUGGACGUGGUGGUUUCCAAGCUGGACGAGGCGGAGGCAGGGGCUAUGCUCCAUCACAGGCCCAGUUCCAGGGCCGAGGCAGGGGCCGCGGUCAGUUCCGGGGCCAGGGCCGUGGUCGGGGCAGGAAGGGGCCAGAGAAAAGCGCAGAUGACCUGGACAAAGACCUGGAAUCCUAUCAUGCGGAGGCAAUGAAGACCGACUGA